AUGAUACCCCAGCGCCUCACAGGCUCAUCGAGAUGGGUAUCACGUUUACCAGAGUUUGCUCGUCGUGCCCUUCAAGUUGACCAGAUGGAGUUGGAUUCGGCUCUGUCUCAGAUGUACUCUCUUUGUCUGAAGCCGUCGCUGGUUAGCAAAAUGAACAAGGCACGAAAAAUGACAAAAAAUCACUACCAUCGAGAUGAUCCGGCAUUUGUUGUUCUCCAGGUUUUGGCAUUAGUUAUUACAGCUGUGGCAUACGGCCUGGCACUCAGUGGUGGACUUUUCCAAAUCAUAUACAAUGUCUUGUACGAAGUGGCGCUAAACUACUUUCUCACAGGCGUGAUUGUGUCAACGGCAACGUGGAUUUUUGUAAAUCGACUUCUGGUUGGUGGUGGCCAUCUACAGGAAGUGCGCCGAGAGGUUGAUUGGCAUUACUCGUUUGACAUCCAUUGCAACGGUUUUUUCUCGUACUUUAUGUGGACCAAGGUCGUUCAGUUUAUUUUACUGCCUCUGCUUCUUCGAACAUCCUUUUUGACGUCCUUGAUAAGCAAUUCUUUGUACAUGAUGGGCUGCGUACUGUAUUUAUACAUUGUAUUUCUAGGAUAUUUGGAGGUUCCGAUACUAACACAACAGCAGAAGUUAAUGUACCCGAUUCCAUUUGUUGUGCUCUUUACGCUCAUCAUUACUCUAUUCACGAGCUGUAAUCUGACUCAGUGGACGUUGUCGCAGACUUGGCACAGUUAG